UGGUUACGUUUUGUUGGAGCUUGAGUCGGCUGAGUGUUACCAGUCAUGCCAGCAGAUAAAAAUGUCUGUGUGGAAUGACAGGUUUCAAACUCUUGGCCCCGGCGAUCUGUUCAGUCAGACGUUACCGGGUGCCGCAGAGGUUUUGAGAUCCGAGAACACUCUCCCGAAGGGCGCUGACCGGGUACUCUGGACCGAAAACGCCCGUCUGAAGGAGGAAAACCGACAGUUACGGAAAUGUCUGGUAUCCAUGAGCGAGAACGCCUCCUUAAGGACGGCUCAUGUGCUGGCCAGUCUGUUAGUCUGGAGUGACGAGCAAAUGACCGGACAGGCCAAAAAGUUUCUUGCAACAGACACGGUGAAUAACGACGAUGUCAAAAUGAAACCGUCACCAGCUGUUAGUCCGUUUAGGCCAAUAUCACCAGGCCCGAUGCAACAGAGCAAUCAGUACUCACACGACCCUCCAAAAGAGUUCUCGUCAACCAUGUCGAACAGGAGCUACCAAUAUGCUUCGGUCCCGCCUACACAGAACAGUCAAUAUACCUAUGGUUCAACUCAGCAGACAAGUCAACAUGGUUCGGUUCCAAAUCGACAAAGUCGACAUUUCUCAGAUAGAGAUAGUAGCGCUUUAAUAUCCGUACCACCGAAAGACGGCAGUCUAGAGAGCGCACAGCGUUUGCAGAUCUCUGGAGCUUCCAAGAAGGAAUCCCCUCGACGCUACUCCCCGAGUAAUGACACUGACGAUGUCCCAUUCGUUGUUCUCAUGCCGAGUACACCAACACCCGCCGACAGACGCCAAAUAUCCCGGAGUCCUAUACCAUCAAAUAGGUCCCCCGUACCAUCAGGCAGGCCCCCCUUACCACGGAACAAAUCCCCGGUACCAUCGGGAGGGUCCCACUUACCUCGGAGCAAAUCCCCGGUACCAUCGGGAAGGUCCCCCUUACCACGGAGCAAAUCCCCCGUACCAUCGGGCAGAUCCCCCUUACCACGGAGCCAAUCUCCCUUACAAAGGAGCAGGUCCCCUGUCCAGCGGUCAAUGACGACGGGUCAGUCGGGGAAUAAAGUGCCUACUCCAACAGUGAACAAUAGAAGAGAACAGCCAUAUACAAACAGAAGAAAUACCAUGGAAACUAAAUCAGCAGAGAGAACAUCCAAUCUAAAGUACCCGGAUCCAGCAUCGGACAUUGACGACCGCCUAGAAAAGUUGUUAUCAAGGCAAAUAACCAUUGAGGAGUAUGCGCCAAUGAGUGCAACUGGUCAAGGUCAAUAUCAAACACAUUUUGAGAUGCCCGGAUCUUCCUUCAGUGUCGGAAUCGGAGAUAGACGUGUGGCUGUCAGUGGCUACCUCGACCAAACCGGAAGUGAAGGUUACGGAAGUGUUCCGUCAAGUCUUGGUCAGUUUGGUCAACCUGAACGUUUAAGUUCGGAAAAUAUCAAGUCUGGUCUAGACGUUGGUCAAUAUGGUGGUGAUACGGCCAGAGCAGCAAGUUUUCCCGCCAGUGUCACUCGUAAAGCUGUAGGGGACCCGAUAGCUACGUCCACCCCGGUCAGACCAGCAAAGCCGGGUAGUACUGCAGACGCCGGUCACUACGGAGAUAGUUUAGAACAGAGUCUUAGUUCACAAAAGCAGUCAGUAACAGCAUCGCGGAUUACAGCGAGCAGCAAUGUGCUGAACCGCCCAAUCGAUAGUGUGAUCGGGUUUAAGCCCAUCCUGACGGAAUCACGCUGUCAGAAAAUCGCGAAAAUUCGGGCAAGUAAGAGACUGGUAGGGGAAAUCGCCUUCCAGCUGGAUAGACGAAUCCUGGAGCACGUGUUCUCCUGGAAAUCUGUGUCCGACAAGGAGAAGCGGAAGCGGUAUUAUGGAUACAGCAUUGCCAAUACGGGGCAGAUGAUACGGAAGGAGGCCACGGACGAGAUGGGCAAGGUCAAUGUCAGGAAGGAGAUCGAGAUGCGCUAUCGUUUUGACUUCAUCAUGAAAACGCUUUCGUCUUUUGGUUACAACCUAGAAAAACAUGGACAGUUUUCUCAGGACAUGGUCAACAAUUACGGUCUCCUGAACGCUCCUCCAGACAAGCAGACCGUGGAGGACUUUGGCCUAGAAGAUCCAGUCAUUCUUCGUGUGUUACUUAGCAAAUUGUUACGGAGUGACGCAGAACUCCAGAACGAAUUGGUACUGUUGGAUUGUCUCUGUCUUCUUGCGCAUGACGACCGGAAACCAAUAUUUCUGUGGUAACCAUGCCAGUAUCCGGUAUUUUAUAUGUCAUGCCGUGGUCAAUAAAAGAUUAUUGGAUUUAUGAACAGAUUAAAAUCACACAUCAGCAAGUACACAUUAUUGUAACUGUUGAAAAUAAAAGUUCCUUGUCGAAAAACAGU